GAAAGCAUAAUCGCUGCAGACCAAAGAACGACUUAAGGUCAUGCUGAUUACAACUGCGAUCAAACGACUAUUGCAUUGUUAGCAGUAUGAGAAAACCCUGCCAUGCGAGACAGAGAUUCCCUUCUCAGCUUCUGCUCGGGUAAGAGACGAGAGGGAACCUCUGCUCUUAAGCACUUGGGACGAAUAAUUCAAUAAACUUACAAUACUGGUUUUUAACAAAUUUUAACCGGUUUAAAACCACCUCUCGUCUCUCAUCAAGCAGAAAGAGAAGGGAAUCUCUGUCUCGUUGGAUAAAGUAACAAAUCUAGUUAGUAAAAUAAGUAUUGUCCCGUAAGUAGUUUCUUCGCUCCGGCCCGAGUGACCACUCGGGCCGGGAGCGGAGAAGGACGGCUGUUUUCGCAGGCUGCGUAAGUAGAAUAUGGCAAAUCAUGUGUUUUCCAAAUAAAAUAACUAAACAAAUAGAUGAAUAAACAAAUAAAUAAAUUAGUAUAUUUUAAAACAGAGAUCACCCGACUCGUUCAGGACCGCGCUCCCUGGCGCUGUUCAGGCUCAGCCUCGUUCGCAGGGUCUCUCAUUUUACUGCCAGGCUCUGUCUGGCUCACUACCGUUUCAAUCAUGCAGGCUUGACACCUUUGAUGGGGGAAGGGUUGCUAUAUCGCAGGGAUUUUGCUGCAUGCUUGAUCAAUGAUGAUGCGAAAACUAUAAUCAAGCAAGUAUAUAGCAAGUGCAUUGUUGACAAAAAAAAAAUGUCAGUAGUUUUGCCGAUUUUUCAUAACUAAUUUCUCAUGACAUAAAUUAUCCGACUUUUUCAACUGAUGAAAGGGCCUAUAUCAGCUGUCUUCAGUACAUUAGUACAUGGUAGUUUUAGAUAUCCGUUUAUGUCAUAAAUUGCAAUAUUUUGAGUGCCCUUUGACUUAGCGACGCCAUUUUUAUGAUAGUGUCCCUUGGAAUGUAAACCUAACAACAUAAAUCAGGUUAAAUCAGGAAGCGGACGGCCAUUGCCAAGCCAGGCCUUCAUUUUAAUGUACACCAUUUAUAAUCAGAACGUUCUUCGCAUGAAUUACAACGCUCAAUUUGCAUUUCUAUGCCAAUACGGCAAUGUCAAUGUGACCGCCCAGAUGCUUACAUGUCUAAAAGAAUUUACUUGAACUGGACGUACGUCAUAGAAAACAAAGAAAACUAAGAUAUCUUAAUUACUGAAACACAAUAUUGAAAUUCCUUGUCACGAACAACACCACCAGAUCCUCGAGCACAGCAUCUCUGACACGAUCAACGAUUUAUCGCUUUUUAGCAGUGAGAGUGGCUUUAAAGCUAUUUAUGUGGAUAAUAUGCCCUUGUGGAUUCUGAAAGAAAUGCAAGACACGAUUUUUUGGACGUCAUGUCUAGCCUGUGUUCUGCUGUUGAUCUACUGGCGAGGAGUGGCUAGCUUCUCUGUUCUCAAAAAUCUUCCGAUCCCCGGGCCUCGUCCAUGGCCUUACGUUGGAAACCUGCCCGACAUCAUCAGAUACGGGGGAAUGCAUAAUAUGUUAUGGGAGUACUCCAAGAGAUACGGUCGUGUGUUCAAGAUGGGCUUCGGCCGAAGACCCACUGUGGUAGUCACUGAUCCGGAGAUGAUCAAGCAAAUUACCAUUAAAGAGUUUCACAAGUUCCAGAACAGAUGGUUUCCCGAAGUAAAUCCGCCGAUCAAUUCGUUCUUAUUCAUUGCUAAAGAUGAGCAGUGGAAGAAAAUUCGCACGACUCUGUCGCCAACUUUUAGCGCGAUGAAGCUUAAAGACGUCAUACCACUGAUGGAUGAAGCCGCAGAGAUUUUAGCUGGAAAACUAAAACUGGCUGCCGCAAAAACAGGCAAGAGUAUCGACGUGAAUGAGCUGUUUAGUUUGUUUGCUUUGGAUGUGAUCAUCUCAGCAGCGUUCGGCAUCCAGGCUAACAUCCAAACCGACGCAGAUCCUGAAAUGGUGAACAAGGCUAAAACCGUGUUCAGGACUCCUCUGUGGGUACGAGGCUUUUCCAUGUUUCCUUUCUCCGACUACCUCAGCAAGAAGUUCAACAUAAGCCCCUUAAAUCACACGGAUUACUUCCUGGGGCUAGCUCGAGCCAUCUACGAUGUUAGGAAGACGCAGGAAGUCCCCAGCCGAAGGGACCUGUUGCAGCUAAUGCUAGAGGCGCAACGGCAGGAGACUGGGGCUUAUGGCAAGAGACUCACAGACGACGAAGUACUAGCGCAGUCUGUCAUCUUCAUGGUGGCAGGUUUCGAAACUACGGGAAGCACACUGUCUUUCAUGGCAUAUCUUCUUGCCAAACACCCUGACGUGCAGGAAAAGCUGCUCGAGGAACUCGACGAGGCCGUUGAAAACCGCGGUGACAUUCCUCUCUACGACUUUGUCAACAGUCUGGAUUAUCUCGACCGGGUUUUGAGUGAAGUCUUACGGCUUUAUACCCCAGGGUUCUUAAUCCACCGGAGAUGCAAUGAGGCGUGUAUAUUAAACGGCUUAAGUAUUCCAGCAGGUGUUGAUGUCUUUAUGCCGCCGUAUGUUCUCCAUCGUGAUCCACUGUUGUGGCCAGACCCCGAGAAGUUUGAUCCUGAUAGAUUCUCCGCCAAGAACAGGGAAGGCCAGGAAGCCUACUCUUACAUGCCGUUCGGCAUGGGUCCUCGACAAUGCAUCGGAUUUCGAUUUGCUCUGCUGGAGAUGAAGACUGCCAUGUUCAGGGUUCUGUCAAAAGUAAAGUUCCAGACAGCUGAUGACACAGUGGCCCAGUUGAACUUUCGGUCUGUUUUGAUCAUGCAGCCGCGUGAUCCUAUCUCCUUGGAAAUAGUGGCUCGGUAAAAUUUCAGUUCCGGGAGGCAUAACAUUGACCAAGAGAAGAUGAAGAGUGACACACUUAAUCCUCCAUGCCUCAAGCUAUUUUCAGAUGUAGUACCCAGUUCUCCCGUGGAUACUACCACGAUGUUUUCUUGGAGGAUGAAAAUGCGUGAGUGAAAUUCGUGUCACAGGAAUGUCUAUUUUCAGAUCCUCCAAGAAUUUGUUUGGUCGGUAGUGGUCUAAUUAGAGAUAAGAGGGAUUAGCUUAGGAAUAAGAUCUAUAUGAGGGAUUAUUAAUAAUUCUGUCACCCUUCAUCUUCUUUUGCAAUGAACCGGUAUAUGGACAGAGUGCUGUUUUCCUCUCCAGUUUCAAGCUUUGUAUACAUUUGCAUAUAUUCGCACUCAAGAUCCCUUUGAAGCUCUCCUAAAAGGCUUCUUCUAUAUUUUGCUCUUAAUUUCGUUAUCAAUAUUUUGGCAACAAUUUUAUUCGGACAAAACCAGAUUACAAAACGGGUUGCAAUUAGUUUCCCUGAAUUUACAAAACUUCGUGUAUUUUACAGAGGUCCUAACUUUCAUACCUAUCAUACACGCUAUUAACAACCAUUGGAAUUAGGACGAGGAGAAAAACUAAAACAAAAACAAACUCACAUAUAGCUUUCUUUGUAUGUUUACAGAAUUCCAUUCACUCACCCACCUAAGUUAUAUUAGUAAACAUCUGCUAGCGAUCUAUCACGAAUGCCGUGCUCUUAUUUAGAUUUUAAAUAAAGUUUAGAACGACUAGUAGAUUUAUACUAUAAAAAACAUUAGUUAGACGCUGUCGAAUUUCUACGCGUGAUAGUUGACUCGAGCUGCGCCCUCGUCAACCACCCCUGCCGCGAGACAUCACGCGAUAGAAAUUUCGAGCUCAGAAUCUAAUUGUUAGUAGUAGGCCUCCGUCGGUCAGGGUUGACCAUGGGUAGCAUCCUAGUUGUCUUCUUGGCUGGAGCACCGGUGUCUGGCUGUAGAGGCCGAUGCGGAGUGACAGUCUCUGUUGCAGAGGCUGCAUUUGUGUUCUGUCUCUGGUCUGUCGAGGCUGUCGCUUUGUUUUCUGCGGACUCGCCUCUUUGUGGCGGCUUGUGUCAGCUUCUCCUCCCCUGAUUUGAGGUGUUUGGUCAGGGCUUCUCUCCACUUGUUAGAUACAUACAUAUAGUAUAAUUCACAGCAAGAACAAUAACUUACACUGUAUUAAAAUGCUGAUUUUCAAUUUGCAUUCGUCCUUCACUAUAGAGAAUUCGCUUGUAAGGAAAGCAAGAAAGGCUUCUAAACAGUAAUUUUCUAAUCAUAAUAGAGUAUUUGUCUUACGAUGUGGUCACUUGUAAUGUUGAUCGCGACGUUUCUACUGCAUACUGCUGAUCUUCAUCAGGCGAUAAGGUCGACGUCACCUAUAAAUCACGUUGCUCCGCAAUGAUUGGUUGGUUUUCAACAGCGGUGAUUGGCGCAUUUCGAUUCUCACUGUUUGUGUGAAUACAGUCGUUCUCUCGGUGCUCCGCUGUCGCACCGCUCUCUUGUUGUUGUGUUUCUUGAUCAUGGACAUGCGCACUUGUGGAAUUUCUAUUCACCUAUCCCUGUUGAUGUUGUCAGUUGUGAGUUGGCUGACCCAUACUUUCCCACGAUCAUGUUACCGACUAUGUUGUAAUCAGUGAUGAAUUUUUACCGGGUCUAAACAAUGAUUAAAGAUUAAAGAUUAUAGUAUAUAUAUGACUGGGUUUAUGAAAACCGUGUCAGUACUUUGCACCAAAUCACCCAUAUGCACUUUGAUUUCUCGACUCCUAAAGACUUUAAAAUAACUCCAAGCGAUGACCAAAAAAAAAAAAAAAAA